AUGAUUGACACCGAAAACCUCUGCACGGCGUCGCUAUACAUCAACAACCAGCUCGUCUCGAGAGGACUGCUGCGCGAUGGCCAGGCCAUUGAUUUUGCGCAAAUGGCUGGCGACGACCGCGGCUCUGCGGCGAUGGCCGGUCGCAUAAUAAGCAUCCUCAAUGACCUGAUUCUGCGGCGCGACCGAGACGCCGAACAUCGAGAAUCGCUGGCCGUGGCUAUGCGGAGCCUGCGCGCUGAGAACCUCAAGCACGCCAACGACAUCGCCCGCCUGACGGAGAAGAAUGCAGAAGAGAAGCGGCGCGCUGAGAUUGCGUCGGCGGCCGAGGCGGCGUUGAGGACGCAGCUCAAGUCGGCCGAAGCCACGGCCCGGAGCCAGAAAGAGGAGAUUUCUCGCGCCAAGUCGUUGGUGUCGCAAACGCGCUCGACUUGCGCGACUGAGGUGCGGCGGCGCGAUCGACAGAUUGAUACGCUCAAGAAACAGCUCGCAGAAGCUGGUCGAUCGCGCGGCUCCAAAGCAAACCCAUCCGUCACUACCAUUCACGUCACGGGCGACAUCGGGGCGGAAAAGGACUCGCCGGUGCGGGCGGGCAGCGCAAGCAAUGGCGAUUGCAACCUACGAAACGAGACCAACGCAUUCCUCGCGAAGCUGGCCCAGGAUCUGAGUGAAGAGAACGAGGCGAUCCUCAACGUCAUGCAGCAGACCAUGGGCCAACUCCGAGAAAUGAGCGCGUGUCCUGAAGAAGAGCGACAAGAAUCCGACGUGGUCAAGCGCCUGAGCUGCGACGAGCUGGUCGCAGAACUAGCCUCGGUGACGGACCACAUGCGCAACAUCCUGACGAACCCAUCCUUUGUGCCCAUUGAAGAGGUCAUGGUGCGCGACGAGGAGAUCGGCCGCCUCAGGUCUGGGUGGGUCAAGAUGGAGGGCCGGUGGAAGGAGGCGGUGCGUCUGAUUGACGGCUGGCGGAAGCGCAUGGCUGCGAGCGGGAAACCGGUUUGCGACGAGGAGCUCAAGAUGGGCCUGCGGCUGAGCCCCGUGCGCGUCAACGACGUGGACGAGACAAAAGAGGCUUUUGACAUGGGGCUCUCGGCGGUGGUGGAGGAGGCGGAGGAGGAUGCUGAGAUUGCCCACGAGUCGCCCAGCCCGCCCAGCCGUGACCGUGUCGAGCUGGUUCCUGAAGCGGAUUACGACGAUGCAGGCGUGCCUGACGCAGAGGACGACGCGACCGCCGAUUUCGAAGAGAACAUCACAAUCUUGGACCGCGAUUCUGAGCUGGAGGCCACCGUCGAGGCCCCUCGAUACCAGUCCUCCCCAGGCUCGUCGCCACUACCCGAGCCUCCGCAGCUAAGCCCGCUCCGAAACUCUGCAUCCGCCGGGAACCGCGGCCCGCUGCAGGGCACGCGCCUGCGCCCGAGGCUCGGGGACUUUACCACGAUUGUGGAAGAGAAGACGCAGGAGCUGGCUGCCGAAGCAAAGUCGCUGCGCUCCCUGCCUCUGCGGCAAAAGGGCCCAUCAGCAGCAGCGGGGGCGACGGGAGCACCGCAGACGCGUCUGCCGAGCAGGGGCUGCGAGCCGCAGGGGCGGGCCCGGUCGCCGUCGCACACGUCCCUCGACGAGGUGCUGUUGGCGAGGCCGAGGCCGGCGCGUGCUGCUGUCGAGGACCCGGUGGUGGGGGAGGACCGUCGGCGUCCGGGCGACGACGAUGACGACGACGACGAUGGACUGUCUAACCGGCCGAAGUCGACGUUGGCAAAUUCCCGCGACGUCGAGCCCGAGCAGAGCCCGCAGCUGACCAUGACAUCCAUCGCCGCCAAGCUCGCCGCCUCGGAGAAGGAAGCCGACGCAGCUCGCGUGCGCGCCAAGCUCAAGGCAGCCCGCAGCUCACGAGGCGGCGUCGCACGGCCGACCACCACCACCACCGCCACCACCACCACCACCACCACAGCCAGCGACGCCGCCCCUGUCCCCUCAGAGCCGGCGGCAGCAGCAUCCUCAGCGGCCGCCCCCUUCGAGGACGUCGAUCCCGUCAAACACGACGUCGCCCCGCCGCCCCCGCCGCCGCAUCAGCAGCUGCCGCUCCACAGAGCCGCCGACGAGCCGCCCCGCCCCGUCGAGAAGCGCAAGCGCGAGCGCAGGACGAGCAAGGCGGCGUCGCGGCGGAGGAGCACGCUGAGCCCGUGGGAGUUGCAGGCGCUCAUGUCCGGCGGGGGUGCGUCGUGA